GCUGAGUGCUUGCGCUCCUCUCACUGUGUGCGUGUGUGUGUGCGCGUGCGUGCGCGCGUGUGCUGUCAUUAUUACUAUCCAGUCUGCUCCCCCUGCUCAGAAUGGCCAGAUUCGCUCAGACUGAGACAAGACGGCAGCAGCAGCAGCCUCCCCCCCAGCAGCCCCAUCCCGCUCACUCCAGCCUGCUCUCCACCGGACCCGGGGCUUCACCGACCCAACAUCCACUCCUCCUCCUCCCUCUCCCGCACCAGCACCAGCACCCGGGCGCCCAGCAGACCCCAUUCCCCAAACCCAUGAACGGGUCAGAACCCAUCUCCAUUCAUCCGGAGAACGGCACCAUGAAAGACCAAGACGCCAUAAAACUGUUUAUUGGGCAAAUACCGCGGAACCUAGAGGAAAAAGACCUGAAACCCCUGUUCGAACAGUUUGGGAAAAUCCACGAAUUGACAGUGUUAAAGGACCGAUACACCGGCAUGCACAAAGGCUGCGCCUUCCUCACCUACUGCGCCCGCGAGUCGGCCAUCAAAGCCCAGAACGCCCUCCACGAACAGAAGACGCUGCCAGGGAUGACUCGCCCCAUUCAGGUGAAGCCGGCUGACAGCGAGAGCCGUGGAGACAGGAAGCUGUUUGUGGGGAUGCUAAACAAACAACAAACGGAGGAGGACGUGUAUCGUCUGUUUGAGCCCUACGGAGUCAUAGAGGAGUGCACUGUGCUAAGAGGCCCUGACGGAAACAGCAAAGGCUGCGCCUUCGUUAAGUUCUCCACACAUGCUGAAGCUCAGUCUGCAAUCAGUGCCCUGCAUGGCAGUCAGACCAUGCCGGGUGCCUCGUCCAGCCUGGUGGUCAAGUUUGCUGACACGGACAAGGAGCGCACCAUCCGGCGCAUGCAGCAGAUGGUGGGCCAGUUCGGCAUCUUUAACCCGGCCAUCGCCCUGCCCUUCAGCACCUACAGCAGCUACGCACACGCGCUGAUGCAGCAGCAGGCGGCCCUCAUGGCUGCCAGUCAUGGAGGCUACCUGACGCCCAGUGUGGCCUUCCCUACCACCCAGAUCCACCAGAUGGGGGCGCUCAACAUCAACAGUCUCCCACCCACCCCCAUGACCCCGGUGUCGGGUGAGUUUCAUCAGACUCUGGCAGGUCUCAGCUCACCGCCUGCAAACAUCACGUCUUCAGCCGUCCCCAGCAUCGUCACUCCUAUCGUCAAUGGCUUCACCGGCAUCCCACACCAGCCCAACGGUCAUCCAGCUGUUGAGGCUGUUUACACCAAUGGCAUGCCUCCUUACUCCACUCAAAGCCCCACUGCUGCAGACACACUCCAACAAGCAUUCACUGGGGUGCAACAAUACACAGCGAUCUACCCGGCAACCACACUGACCCCUAUUGGUCAAAGCUUGCCACAGCCACCCCAAGUCAUCCAGCAGCAGCAGCAGAGAGAAGGUGAGGGGCCCGAGGGGUGCAAUCUCUUCAUCUACCACCUACCACAGGAGUUCGGCGAUAACGAGCUCAUGCAGAUGUUCUUGCCCUUUGGAACGGUCAUCUCCUCCAAGGUGUUCAUGGACAGAGCCACCAACCAGAGCAAGUGCUUUGGCUUUGUGAGUUUUGAUAACCCGGCGAGUGCGCAGGCAGCCAUCCAGGCCAUGAACGGCUUUCAGAUCGGCAUGAAGCGAUUGAAAGUACAGUUAAAAAGGCCGAAGGACGCUAGCCGCCCUUACUGACACAGCCCAAUACACACCAGGAUCUCUGAAACAGCACAGGUUUUGAAGACUGAAAUCUCAAAAGGAGUAAUUUUUUUUCUUUAAAAAUAAAUAAAACAAGUUUAAAAAAAAAAGAAGAAGAAGACUAAAGUUUUUUUUUCUCAAGACAUAUCAGCAUUUACUUACUUACAAGGACGUCCAGCAGAGCGGAGAGGUGCAAAGGGACCAGCGCCUCCACGGACAAACCACAAGCAGCACAGUGCAGGAAAGACAAAAGCAGGAACGUGGAGGGAAAUCUCAAAGGACGAGGACUUUUAAGCUCUGGAACUUUUUUCUCGCUGAGACUUGAGUCGUCAGUUACACUACAAACAAACAAGCAAGGAUAAAAGAGCAGCAAGAACAACAUAGAUUUCUAUAUACAUAUUCUAUACACAUAUGCUAUAUAACGGAAGAGGCGCUUCCAGCUUUUAAUUAUACUGGACUAAUGAGGGUUAUAACUUGAAGAUCAAGGAAAAAAAGCAGUGGAAGAAAGCUCCUCUAUGCCACUGGCAGACUUACUUUCUCUCUUUCCCUCUUUCCUUUCUUCUGUCGCCGUUUCUCUCUCUCUCUCUUUCAGCAAGCGCGGAACUUUUGACCUUCUCUGGUCACGGAGGUUUCCAUCGCUUCAGUGCAACUGAAAAAAAAGAAGAAGAAAAAAAAAAAAAUCACCUUUCACCCCAAGGGACCAAAGGACCAAACAUUUUUAUUGUUCAACAGUAAUAUAUAGUAUUAAUGAUGAUACUAAUACUACGAUUACAAACUACUACUAAACUAAUGAUGUUACAUGUUUAAAAAAAAAAAAAAGAAGAAAGAAAGAAAAUGUAAGAAGAUACUCGCUUCAGGUCAGAAGAGGAAAGGGAUUUUGAUUUCUUUUCCUUUUACAUUUAUAACUACUGGGUUUCAGAAUAUUUAAACAAAAAUAGCAAAAAAGAAGAAAAAAAAAGUAUUUUAAAAGCUAUACUAUUUUAGUGGAGUAGAAUAUGUGGACUGGAGAUUGUUAAGGGCGUGUUCGGACAUUUUCCAUCCAUGGACAUUCAGAGAGUCUUUGUGUAGUACAUCCUGGUCAUCCUUCACUCGUCUUAUAGAUUUGCCCCCUGAACUUGAAGAGACAUUAGAUAAAGCACAUGUGCCUGUAGACUAGUAUAUUACUACUGGUUGCUUAAAAGUUACACUUCCCUGCUGUUUACCCAUUUCAUAUUUGACUGGACUAGCCUAGCAUGACUAGACACAACACCAGCAGACUGAUGAAGCAUCAACUCUGAGCAAAGCACAUAUUAGUAAACACGGACACAUUAGACCUUCACAUGGUUGACAAAACCACCACCUGCCACAGCGGAGAUGAGCUCUUUAGCUAAGCCAUUACGCUGCCGUUACAAGCCCAAUUUUGAUUAAUGCGAGUUUUACCCAUAGUCUUUGCUAUUGAGCGACCCCAGCUGAGACCACUCCCGUUUCCAGCAAGCGCUCAGAGCUUCCUAAACUACAAGCCGUAAUAGUUCUUUAACAUACACCUGAGGCCCAAGACCCUGCAUGAUUAGCAUACGGGUGAUAUCGAUCCAGAGGCCAGCCUGAGCCUCAGGGCAGCUAACGCACAAUCAAUUACACAUUGACAUUUCCACUGGAUUGACUGACAAACCAAGUUCAUUUUUUUACACUCCAUAUAACAAAAGCUGGAGGCCAGUGGAUAGAGGAUACAUUUCUUACUUUAAAAAAUGUGGCUGCAGAAAAGUGCAUAAAAGAAUCUUGUCCCGUGUCACUUUCCAGCUUUCAAAUACCUAGUGCAACACUAGAAAUUCUGAGACAUUUUAGGACUCAGCACGAAAUGACAUAUUUCCACUGCAUGGUACCUGCACUUACUUACUCAACUGUACAUGCUUUUUGGUACCUGAAUUUUUUUUU